GAGAUUACUGAAUGUUGGCUUUUGAACGGGAGCUACACACUACAGGAAGCGCGCUGAAGGACGGUCUGCAGAGGCGGCUUCUGAGUUAUGCUGAUUAAAGAUUAUAUUAAAUAUACUGUAAUGACAAUGUUGCUGUUAAGAAGAGUUGUUGUUGUGGCAGGGAGUUACGUUAGUAACCCUGCCGUCUCCUCCUGUAAGAACAAUCUCAAGCACCUGUGCAAUUUCAAGACCUCCUCUGCUGUAAUGGGACAGACCGUAUCUCAAGAUAAGGUAGUUUCCUAUGAGCAGCUGAAGAAGAUGCUGGAGAGCCACAACAUCCAGCUGUUUGAUGUGAGAAGCCUGGAGGAGUUCCAGGCAGGAAGGAUUCCGAGCUCCACCAACAUCCCCUUGGGUGAGCUGGAUCAAGCCUUGAAGAUGGAGUCCGAGACUUUUAAGAAGUUGUUUAAAGUAGAGAAACCUGAAAAGCAGGACAGCAACAUUGUCUUCCACUGCCAGUCAGGGAGGAGAAGUGCCACUGCCCUAGAAACUGCAGUGAACCUGGGAUACACCAAGGCUCAACAUUACGCUGGAGGCUACAGCGAAUGGUCCCAACGUGAGGGAAACUGACUUGGUCAUCAAGGAUUAUAAUAAUGGGGGUGUAUAUUGUAGCUUGAAUACUUUAUUUAAAAUCAAUUCCCAAUUAACAAGCACCCAAGUAUGUUGAGCUUUUGAGGUGUGUGACGUCCUCGGGGAUGUUUACUCAACACACGAGAGGACAGGGUUCAUUUUCACAUUAGUAGAGUAUUGGGAAUACAUUACUGUUUGCUUGACCUGUGGAGCUUAACCACAGCCAUUAUGCUGUUCCAAAUUCUGUUAUCCAGUGUUAAGUACUUCUUGUGAAUAACAAAAUCAUUGAGUUUGCAUGUAAACGUUUAAAGUAUCGCAGCUUCUAAGUGCUCUAAAUUAAUUUGUAUUGUUGCAAAUUAAUACAAAAAUAAAUUAACUUUUAAUCAGAGGAUUUAAUCAGAGGAACCAGUUACAAAACAUUUCUUAGUUUUAACCCCUUAAGGUACAUAAUGAAUUGAGCACUUGUUGUUCAAAUGGUUUCUUCUUCUUAAAAUACAUUUGAGAAUGACUCGGGUAUCACAAGGGAACUGAAAAUUUGGAUGAUCAGAUCCUACCUGCCAGUAAAUUUUAAACCUUGUUUCGUGCAAAAAUAAGAAAGUUAGCACCAUUUUAUUUGUGGGACACAUAUGUCUCUUGUACCUUAAAGGGUUAAACUGUAUAUGAUUUGUGUUGUAUGAUGGGUACUGUAUCGGAUCGUGCCUUAGCUGGAGUUUACAGUGUAGAAGACUAAUUAUAAAAUACAGUGUAAAUAGAAAAAAAAGAUCAGUCAAUCAUAUUUUAUUUUAUGAGUCACGAGAGAAUGAUUCUGAAAGGUAAAUAUAAUAAAGUUUCAAUAAUGUAAUGGGGGUUGUGUGGCUUUUAUCAUAAUGACUUUAUUUUUUGUUCUGAACCAAUUGUCAUAUAUUCUGUGAAGACAACAGAUGUUGUUAUCUGUGUGUAUAUUCCUGUUUGUUUUCAUUGCAUUUUUAAACACAAAGCAACUUUGACAACAUUUUCUAAAAAAAAUAAAUAUUCACAAACUAAUUUAUUCAAAAGUUGCCUGAAAGUUUCCUUUUCUUUCAUGGGCAUACAAAGUCAAGCAGCUGUUAAAGAUGGGUCACUUUAACCAUAAUGUACAGUAGAAGAAUGUCUUCUUGUUAUAAACAUCUAUCCUUAAGUAGUCUAUUAUUAUUAUUAUUAUUAUUUAUUUCUUAGCAAAUGCCCUUAUCCAGGGUGACUUACAAUUGUUACAAGAUAUCACAUUAUUUUUAUAUACAGUUACAUUAUUUUUUACACAUUAUUUUUACAUACAAUUACCCAUUUAUACAGUUGGGUUUUUACUGGAGCAAUCUAGGUAAAGUACCUUGCUCAAGGGUACAGCAGCAGUGACCCCCACCUAGGAUUGAACCCACAACCCUCCCAUCAAGAGUCCAGAGCCCUAACCACUACUCCACACUGCUGCCCAAGUCUAGUGAAGUCUGAACA